AUGGGAGUCGAAUUUGAUGGACCAUCUCGAGCUGAGAUUAUCAUGGUCGAAGAAGAAAACAAUGCCGAGACCAAUUUUCAAAAGGUUGAAAUGAUUGCAAAUCUAUUCAAGCAUGUUUCUAAUACCACUAAGGAUCGGGGCAUUAUCGAGUGA